AUGGAGGGAGAAGAUUCCGAAGAAGCCAAAAACAAAACGACAGUGACGGCUUUAUACCAAGCCUUAACCUCCAAGGACGUUGAUGUCGUCCACCUUCUCCUCGCACCCUACCUCGAGUGGUGGUUCCAUGGCCCCCCAACUCACCAGCAUCUGAACCGCCUACUCACUGGUGCACCACCGUAUGACUCAUCGUUCAAAUUCGUCCCUCUCUCGAUCAUUGCAUUUGGAUCAAUGGUGCUGGCUGAAGGAUACGACGAGGUUCGUUCCGUUUCGUGGGUGCAUGCGUGGAUCUUCACUGAUGGGAUUAUUACCCAGGUCAGGGAAUACUACAACACGUCCGUCACGGUCACCCGGUUAUCCUCACCGCAUAUCAGAUCACAACCGGGGAAUUGCCAGUGUCUCUGGCAGAGUAAGCUCUCGGAUAACAAGUCUGUGCCUGGCCUCGUUUUGGCGCUAUAA